GCCGCUCUCAGGCAGGCUUCUCUCUGGUGUUACACCAUUUAUGUAUCUAACACAUAGGAAAAGGAAGAGAGAGAGAAAGAAAAAUAUGUAAACGUAACAGUAAGGUUAUUAAGCUAUUGAAAUUGUAUUUUGCUAGAACUUGAAAAUAUAACUUUCAAUUAAGCAGUUAUGAAUGACACUACAUUCCUCGAUAUUGAUGAAUCUCUUAAGACAAAGAACUUGUUACUGCCUGAUGAGAAGAGAGAUGCUUUGAAUAAUAAGAUGGAUGAGUGGAUGAAGCAGCUUGAUCCAACACCAUCGAUUCUUGUACAACCUAUGCCUGGUAUCUGUGUAAAGACGAAGACAACUAGUGGAGAAAAAGUUUUUCUAAAUAUAUGUACAUCAGAUAAAAUUCCAGCUCCAAUAGAUAUACCUGAUGAAAAAUUGCUUCAACUUCUGGAUAAUGAUGAACCUGCUUAUUCUAUACCAAUGAGUAUUGGUACUGAAAGGAUGGAAACAGAUAAAUAUCUGUUUUUCCUUUUCACAGCUGGCGCACCUUGUAUGACAUUUGAUAUCAUGAUAAAUACAAUUUACUUCAAAAAAUGUUGUGAAAAUAAGAAUUUUAUGACAUUCACAAUAUUAAUUAUAUUAAGUGGUGUGUCUGAUAAAUAUAACAAAGACAUUGUUUCAGCAAAUUAUGUUAUUCUCAAAAAUCGAACAGUAAUGGGCAAAUUACAACAACACAAAAUAUUAUGUCGAGAACCAAAAAAACCAGAAAGUUAUAAGCCAUUAAUUGAGGAAAUGUCACAACCUAAAAAAGUUGUUGACAAAAAAGUCGAUGAAAAAAUUGAUGAAAAAGUCUGUUUACAGAAAACUGAUAAAGCAGAGACUGGUUUUAUGAUUUUAAGAUAUCCACUCGAAGAUCCAGUUGAACGUAUUAUCGCUUUAUUUGAAAUGCCAAGAAGUGUGUCAACUGAGGACAUAGUGGUACUUAUCAAUUCUGGUCGUAUAAAUGUUACAGAUGAAAAAGCUUAUUGCUCACAUGAUAUUUUACUUCCAUAUGCUGUAAAAGCAAGUAGUGCAAAAGCCUAUUUAGAUUACAAUUUAAGGAUGUUACGAGUAGAUGUGUUAGUAGAAUAAACAAGACGUAGUUAUUCGGAAUUACACUCUGACGUUUUAUCUUUUCACAACACUAAAAUGAAUAUCCUAUU